GUAUCUCAAGUUUCGGUUUCUGUCUCUGUCUUCCCAUGCAAGUACGGUCGGUGCCCUGGCAGAGCUGAGAGGAGGACUCAGAGGUGGCAAAUCGUGAACUAGAAAUUGAAAGCAAAAGCAGAGAGGGGAAAAAAAAAAUAAAAACCCGAAUAUGGACUGAAAAAUUGUUUUUAUCCUAACUCUACAGUGAUUCUUCAAAGACGUAACCACCUUCCAACUAGCAGCUCAAGUGGGUAACGCGGAAGUUCUCGAUAGCCUACGUUUUGUGAAUUCUUGCAGGCAAUGGGGUGUGUUGGCAGCAGUGAGAAAAGGACUGAUUGGACUCCACUGGAGGAGAGGAGCGUCACAGACAUACCAUGGCUCAUCAUUUUUAUUUUCUUUUGCAUUGGCAUGGCCAUAAUAACUGGAUUCUCUGUUGCCAUGGGUGGUACAUCGAGACUGGUGAAGGGAUAUGACAGCUAUGGGAACAUAUGUGGGCAGAACAACAGCAAGAUUUUAGACAUUCCUCAAAAUGGAGGAGAUUUCACACAGAGAAAGUUUGUGUUCUUCCUGGACCCCUGCAAGAUCGACCUUAUCAACAGGAAGAUUAAGUCAAUAGCACUGUGUGUAUCAAAAUGCCCAGAUGAGGAACUGAAAACCCUUGAGGAUGUCAGAAAGUUUGCAAUUGUCAAUGGGUCGAAACUUUGUAGAUAUGACAUAGAGCACUCCUCUUACCCCAGCCAUCGUGACAAAGCAACCGCCUGUCCAAAACUGCCUGUAAAGGCCAGUAAGGUUCGGCUCAACCGCUGUGUUCCAGCUGAUGCCAGCUGCUACGCCCAGUUUGCUCAGGCCAUACUAGACUCCAUCAGUGAGAAUGUGUUCCAGAAGAUUGUCGCCGGCAUUAUGGCCUCAAAGGAGAUCAUCUUUGGACUCUGCAUUCUGUCAAUAGUUCUCUCUGGGAUUCUUAUGGUGGUGAUCAGAUACAUCUCUGCCGUACUGGUGGCGAUUCUCACAGUGCUCGUGGUCUUGGGCUCCUUCGCUGGCACUGGUGUCUUGUGGUGGUUGUAUGUAGACCUUAAGAAGUCCACUAACUCCACCUCACCUGUUCAACAAGCGAUAGCUCACGACAACACCCAAGGGCUCCUUGCCUACGCCAUCACAGCCACAGUGUUUACGGUGAUUCUCCUGCUGUUGAUUUUCUUCCUGAGGAAGCGAGUGGCUCUUACCAUUGCCUUGUUCCAUGUGGCAGGAAACGUCUUCAUUCAUAUGCCUUUGCUAGCCUUGCAGCCAGUGUGGACAUGUAUGUCCCUCCUGCUUUUUUGGGUGUGUUGGCUCGGAGUGCUCCUGUCUCUUGGAACCUCAGGAAGCCCUGUGUUGAAUCCAGAGACACAAGUGGUGGAGUUCAAGCUGGCUGAACCACUGCAGUACAUGGUAUGGUACCAUGCCGUGGGCCUCAUCUGGAUCAGUGAGUUCAUCCUAGCCUGCCAGCAGAUGACUGUGGCUGGCGCUGUGGUCACCUACUACUUCACCAGGAACAAGUCUCAGCUGCCCGUGACGCCAAUCCUGUCCUCAGUGCUAAGGUUGGCACGCUACCACUUGGGCACCGUGGCCAAAGGAGCCUUCAUCAUCACUUUGGUGGAGAUCCCACGCAUCAUCCUCACCUACAUCCACACCCAGCUCAAAGGGAAAGAAAAUGCUUGUGCGCGCUGUAUGGUCAAAGCAUGCAUAUGCUGUCUGUGGUGUCUUAAGAAGUGCCUUCAGUACUUGAACCAAAACGCAUAUACAGCCACUGCCAUCAACAGUACGAGUUUCUGCUCAUCUGCCCGAGAUGCAUUUCUUAUCCUUGUGGAGAACGUUGUUCGUGUGGCUGCCAUUAACACUGUGGGGGACUUCAUUCUCUUCCUUGGAAAGGUGCUGGUUGUGUCAUGCACAGCGUUUGUGGGUGUCCUUACUCUGAGGUACCAGCAAGAAUACACCGUGUGGGUAGUACCCGUAAUUAUUGCCUGUCUGUUUGCCUACUUGGUGGCCCACUGCUUCCUGUCGGUCUAUGAGAUGGUGGUGGAUGUGCUCUUCCUCUGCUUUGCCAUCGACUCCAAGUACAACGACGGGAGUCGCGGGAAAGAGUACUACAUGGACAAGUCUCUCAUGGAGUUUGUAGAGAAUAGCCGAAAGGCAAUGGAGCGGGAUGCCUCUGGUGGCAGCAAAGAACUGACACCUCUUGGCAGGUAGCGGUAGGUCUGGCUGGACCUGAUGAAGCGAAUGACACCGCAACACGCCUCACAACUCGCCUUGAUGCCAUUUUCUAAUGCCACAUGCACCAUUUGAAACAGUCAUAGUGUGUUGCAUUCUAAGCAAUGUGGUCACUGUAAUUUUCUAAUGUCAUAUUCAGCCAUUAAUGUCCUGAAACCGUCAUUGUGUGUUGCAUCUCAAGCAAUAUGAUCACUGACAUUUUCUAAUGUGAAAUGCAGCCUAUAAUGUCUUGAAACAGUAAUAGUGUGUUGCAUUCGAAGUGAAAUGGCCUUAACUUUGUAUUCAUUUUUUUAUCAGUUGUUAUUAAAAGCUAUUGCUUAUAUUUUAAAACA